CCAGUUGAACAGUAUGAAGGUGUAUAGUGUUGUAGCAUUGUUUUCUUUGGCGGCGAUUUGCGUUCUCGCCGAUCCGCUGGUUUAUUACGACCUUAAUGAUGCCCCUCAACUAUUCCAUAAAUUCAUCAAAAAAUUUGGUCGUGAAUAUAAGGAUUACAAUGAGUACUUAAUACGUUAUCAAGCAUUUGUAAAAUCCCUGAUUCGUAGUAACAAAAGUAACGCGGAAGAUGAUCUUGCGACCUACGGGAUCACCGAGCUCUCAGAUUAUACAGAGGAAGAAACGAAGUCGCAAUAUGGUUAUUUACCAGUACCGCCAAGUGUUGUUGGUUAAGGCUGCACUGAGGGCAAUCAUCUGAAGGCGGCUACGAAAUAUUUCUGCUGUUUC